AUGAAGGGUAUUUCAGAGUUGGGAAGCAUCUAUAAUUAUGGUUUCGAUGCCCAUCCGUUUAAAGUGCAAUGGUACAAUUAUUUGGCUGAAACAAAAUACCACCUUCCUUAUGAGAAAGACACUAUAGCUUUUACUAUUAUUGGUCGACCUGAUAUGUUUGAGAAAGCUUUUAAAACAUUCGUAUGUAACAAAACCAGAAAGCCACUUGUUGAUACUGACUACAAGUUUAUCAUGUUUUAUAUGAAGAAGAUCCAACAGGUAAGCUUUUGAACAUAAUCCAAGAGUUA